AUGGCCCUUCUGAAUUUCUUCUUCCCUGAAGAGAAGUCAUAUUCUGAAGAAGAAAGUAGGCGUGUUCGCCGCAAUAAAAGAAGCAAAAGCAGUGAAGGAGCAGAUGGUCCAGUUAAAAACAAGAAAAAGGGAAAGAAGGCAGGCCCUCCUGGACCCAAUGGCCCGCCAGGACCUCCAGGACCUCCUGGACCCCAGGGACCCCCAGGGAUUCCAGGGAUUCCUGGAAUUCCAGGAACAACUGUUAUGGGACCACCCGGCCCUCCAGGUCCUCCUGGUCCUCAAGGACCCCCUGGCCUCCAGGGACCUUCUGGUGCUGCUGAUAAAGCUGGAACUCGAGAAAACCAGCCAGCUGUGGUGCAUCUACAGGGCCAAGGGUCAGCAAUUCAAGUCAAGAAUGAUCUUUCAGGUGGAGUGCUCAAUGACUGGUCUCGCAUCACUAUGAACCCCAAGGUGUUUAAGCUACAUCCCCGCAGUGGGGAGCUGGAGGUACUCGUGGACGGCACCUACUUCAUCUAUAGUCAGGUAGAAGUAUACUACAUCAACUUCACUGACUUUGCCAGCUACGAGGUGGUGGUGGAUGAGAAGCCCUUCCUGCAGUGUACCCGCAGCAUCGAGACAGGCAAGACCAACUACAACACUUGUUACACCGCAGGUGUCUGCCUCCUCAAAGCCCGGCAGAAGAUCGCCGUGAAGAUGGUGCAUGCAGACAUCUCUAUCAAUAUGAGCAAGCACACUACCUUCUUUGGGGCCAUCAGGCUGGGCGAGGCCCCUGCAUCCUAGAUUUCCCCUAUUUUGCCCCUUGCCUGUGCCCCUGCUCCAGGUUUGGGAGCCAGGACUCCCAGAACCUCUAAGUGCUGCUGUGGAGUGAGGUAUAUGGGUGUUGCAGCCACAGAGAGAAAUGCCCCAGUGCUAUUUAUUCCCCAGUGACUCCAGGAUGACAAGCCCUGCUUGACUUUCCAGAAUGACCUUGAGUUAACAGGACAGUUGAUGGAGCCCCAAAGUUUACAUGAAGCAGAACCUUCUUCCUCGGCUCCAUGCUGACUGACUGGCUUAUGGCAUGACUCUUCAGCCUCAAGGUCCCUGCUGUCAGAGUUCUGGUUUGUUGCACUAAAGUGAGGGUCCAGGGCAGCAGGCAAGAGAAAGCAAAGGUGUACUCCAGACUGUGGGGGCAAACCUGACCCAAAGGGGGCUGCUGUUCCUCUCUUGGGUGGGGGUGGGGCCAGGGAUGGGAUGGGAGGGGAGUGUUGCAUCCUAAGGAGAAGGGCAAGGAGGGGGAAGGCAGGUGUUGUGGCACAGACCAAGGGAGAACCCUGCCAAGCGGGCAUCCUCAGCAGUGGCAGCGUUCUUGCUGCUCCGCACUGCAGCCUACCGAGGGUCGGAGAGUUCUUCCCACUCAGCCUGAGAGCUGUGUCGUGGCAGCUUGCUGGACUUUGGGGACAAGAGAUUUGCUCUUCCUUGUAGCAAUUGCAGGGAAUGGCCACAACCUGCCUGCAUGAGAACCUGAAGCCAAACUUGUGGCCACAUGUCUUUCACUUUGUUUACAGCUAUGCUCCAUGCUCAGAAACCUCCCUGGGUCCCUUCCCAAUUGCCCCCCUUUCCAGCCUGACUAGAACUCCUGUCUUCUUUCUCCACAGAGCCUACCUCUGUCUGAGGCAGGUGCCUAAUCUGGGACCUGUGCUUAUGUGAGUCUGAGAUACUCUUUAGAUUACCUGGGCACAAAGAGAAUUUUCCAUUUAUUAAGCAAAACAAAUAUUAGUCUAGUCGAGUUGUGUCUGGGGCAAAGGGUUAGACUGGCUGACCUCCAGAAGUCCUUUCAAAUUCUCAUAUUUAGGCAGCUACCCUGAUAGCCUACUAAACUUCCCAAACCCUAGACUGCUCCUGGGCAUUGGUGAGACAGAGCUUUUCUAUGUGACCCAGAGAGGGUAAGAGGUGGGGAUAGGACAGAGGGGUUUUUCCAAGUUUGCUGCAACUCAAGUGAUCAUCAGCCCAGGCUUUACCUGAAAGGACAGCAGCUGAUGCCCUAGUGACAAACACUUUCUUUGCUCUGGUUUCAGAAAGCCACAGCAGAGCAUAGUCACCAUAGAUUCCAGUGCUGCUCCCCUGAAUCCAGGCUCAGGAGAAGCCAGUGUCUAGGCAUUGGACAGGGCUCUGCCCUCUAGUCAGGUCCGAAGACACCUUCCCCCCUACCCCAAGCUUCCCACCAGAUCAUAUGGUGGGACCAGUCAAGGGCCUUAUUUCUAACUGUCUGGGCCCAGCCUGGCUUCUGGGUGCUGGGUCUCACCCAAAGCCAGGAGGGCUAGUCUUGUACAAUCUACUACUGGUGCUCCUGAAACAAGUUUCCUUUUGAAGAGAUGGGGAAUAAGUUCCUUCAGGCAGCUGAAAUUCACCAAGAACAACAGGUACUCAUUUCUCAGCUGUGCCUUCCCUUUCUGAGCAACUACGCUGCUUGGCCCCCAGGGGUCAGGGAGAGAGGUGAUGGGCUACGCCACCAUUGCCUGUUGCUAAUGAGAGCUUUGUAACCCAGGUGAGGCAAACUAUAGGCCUGUGUCUGGCCCCGGCCCUUAUAAAGUGCCUUAGUCCUCAGUUGUAGCAGGAUCUGAUGAGAACCUCUCCUUAAAGUUUGGAAAGUACUUUCUUUUUUUGAUAAUAUUAGAAAUCCCAUUGUUUAGAUGAGGCUUAGAGAAGUUAAGUGCUUUGACCAAGAUGUCACUCAGCUUAAGUCACAGACCUGGGGUUUCAGCCAGAUCUGACUCCAAGGCUAUUCCAUUAUACUGCAGCGUUGUGUUGAAUUUGGGAUCUAGAGAGAACAAAUAAAAAUGGUAAUAUGGACCCAAAAUCUUGAGGGUCUUAGAGAGAAACCCAGAGAUGCUCGUUUUCAUUCCUUGAUGGUAAUUCCUAUUCUCUUGGCUGCUGGAGCCUCUGUGGCAAAAGAGUAGGACAUUUAUUUGGCAAACAGCCAUCAGCCUUAGAGCUCUUAUGUUCAGAAGAAUUGUCUUGGUGACAUCUCCAAGCAGCUAGCCUUCAGUACCACAGAACUGAUACACCUUAUGUUCUUUCACCCUCCCAAUGAACCAACCAACCUUUAUGUAUGAAGCCCCUACUAUGGGCAGGGUCCUCUUUUGGUUACCAUAGAGAGGGGUUACAGGAGCUGGCCCACUUCCCACAGCUACUAAGUGACUCAUCUCUUGCUACCAUACCACAGAGGCCUUUGUGGUGAUCUCUUAGGGAUGGAGAGAAGACCUGAGAAAGGACUGGUUCUAAAGCCAAAAGGGCGUGAGGAGAGGGAAGGAAAAGGCUUCCUAAUUGUGUCUCUAAAGGACUUCUGACACCCAUCCUUUUCUCCAGAUAUAGAGGCAAUUAAUAGGGGAAAUAGGAUUCACACACGACCACGAUUCAUUGUGAACUCUCAAAAGGAACCCUAGAGGGAGGGGGGUGAUGAGGGAAGCAAUAGGUAGUUGAGGAGUCCUGUCGCUGUGAAGUUAUUGGCAAAGUGGUGAAGCAAUUUACUUGUAAGAGAAUGUGGAAAUAGAUUUACACUUUGGAAUUAUGCUGAUAUGAGUUUAGCAGAGAGCCAAGGCUAGCAUGUAGAAUGGAACGAGGACAUUUGUGAGUAAGCAGAUGACAGAGAGAAUCACAUAGCAGGGGCCUUUGCCAGCUACUUGGGCUUCAACAGCCAGAGCUGGCACAAAAGGCAGCUGUUAGGGGCUGCUCAGCUACCCAUUCCUUGGAAAACGUAGUCUUUGCUUUAUUUUCCCCUUCAUCCAUCUUGAGCCAAAUUUCUUUUGCUGAGCAGGAAAGUCCUAGGAACCCUGGAGGUGAACAAAGACUUUGAUCCACGUGUCAGUAGAGUGUUUUAUAUAACUUCUGGUGGAUGCAAAUAGAGUCAGAGAAAUUUAGAGCUACAAAGGCCCUUAGAAGGAAUCUAGCCCAACCCCACGUUACUUAAACACGAAACUGAGGCCCAGAGAGGAAAGGUGACCUGCCCAAGAUGUAUGAGCCCAAACUCCAGACUCAGCAGAGUGAGGGAGUGGAGCAGUCCCUGUCCCAUAUGGCCUCCUUUUUUCUUCCACCCAUAGACUCAAGGCUGAAAGUGCUUGGCCCCCUUCAGGAGCUGGGACAGGUGGGGAGAGAGUAGCAGCAACCUUCAUCAGAACUCCUCCUCCCCCCAAGGCAUACUCCCAGCUCCUGCCUCUGGACUGGAGGCUCUGGAUUGGCCCAACACCAGGAAGUCCUAAGGCCACCCUGGCGCUGCCUCAGGCCCCGUCCCUGUCUGGAGGCUCCCCUAGGCCAUGUGAGCACAAAAAAGAACUGGAUUUUUUCUUUUAAUCCAUUUCAGGGCUCUCUCCAAGAGGAGUUGGGGUUUGUCAUUUCUUUUUUCAAAAAGCUUCCAGCUGGAGUAAGGGGUGAGCGUCGUUGUGAGAAUGGCCUGGAGCAGGCCCAGUGCUGCUUUGGGGGUCAGCAUCCAGUGUGAGAUACUGUGUAUAUAAACUAUACAUAAUGUAUAUAAACUGGGAUGUAAGUUUGUGUAAAUUAAUGGUUUAUUCUUUGCAAAUAAAGCUUUUCCCCCCUGUUCUUGAAAUUGGCUUGAGAACUUCCUACCUGCUAGGUACUUCUUUGCAAGUGACUCCACACAUUAUCUAGGGGAAGGACCAAGGCACCCAUUUCAGAGGGGGCAACAGAAGGAAAGUAGUCUGAAUUUCCUGUCAGAACCUCCCAUAUCUUCUCUGUGCCCCAGACCACAUGCCUCCAUGCCCAUCCCCAUCCCCAUCCCCUUAGGUAUUUUCCUAUAACCACGUGUCCAGUAGGCUAGAGGUCCUGCAAAAAGGACAAUUGUCCUGAGGCAGGGACACAGCAUGGAGUCACCCUCAGCUUGAGACUGUGGCAUCUAUAACAGAUAUUUCAGGCCUGAGCCCAAAACAGUUUGGGUAGAUCCAGUCUCCAGUUCCCCAUAAUGCAUCAUCCCAUUUUGCAGAUGAGGAGACCAAUGCUUAAGAAGUUUCAGUAGCUCACCCAAGGUCACCCAACUAGAAAGGUUACUUAAACUUUCAAAGGACUGUUGACAAGAUCCUACAGUGUAAACUUUCCUUUCAACAUUGAGAUGCCAUGAAACUUAGGCCAUUGUUUGCUCAGGGACAGGAAAUGGGCAAAGUGGUUGGGGGAGAAUAAUUUGUGUAGCUCUCCAGUUUACAAAGUUCAAUCACAUUCAAUAUCAACUAGUAAGUGUGUUAGUUUGGUCUGAUUCCAAGUCCAGUGCACUUUCUGCUCUACCAUGCUGCCUUCACCACUUGGCCCUAAGCACUUUGCACAGUGAAGCCCUGUGGAGGCUAAAAUAAAGAAGAGGAUCACAGGAAUAAGACCAGAUAGCAGCUCAGGAACACCUAGCCUCAGAGAGUUCUGGGCACUUUUCACAACCCCAGCAGCCUUUGUCCCCAUUGUAUAGGUGGAGAAUGUGGCACUUAAGCAGCACUGUGCACACAGCAACCUGUGACAAAUCAAUGCCUAGGUGUGCAUGGGUUGGGUGUUGGAGCCCACGCUGGUCCUCUGGCUGCCUUAGGUAGGAAAUAGAUUUUGUUUAAAGGAAACCAGUCACAGGAAGCCUGGAGAUCAUUUAAAAACACCUUAUGGGAGCUCAGGGAAAAUGUCAUCUCUGGCACAAAGAAGUAACCGAAACAACAGAAAAGUGAAAGCAUUUCUUUGCCCCACUAUGUACAAAUCAUCACAUGAAUCAGGCACCCACGGCAGAGGCAGCAGAUCACACUGUGGUGAAAACACAGGAUGUUCUAGACAAAAUUGACAAAGUCUAUGUAGGUAAAUCAUUGGGACCAAAUGGCAUCCACCCAAAAAGGUUGGAACGAGGGGGCUGUAGGCCAAAUUGUGUAACCCGCUGUUGCCAACAACUAUUGGGCCAAGGGUCUGAGAGACUUGCCAUCUAGAAGGAGAAUUCUUUAUGGCUGCCAGAAGCCAGGCACCUCACUUCCAUCUUGAGCAGACUGGCUGACUCUCUAACGAAGGGCAGACUUAGAAAGCCAGGCAAAGAUAGACAAGUUGUUGGGGGAAAGAUGGGAAAUUAGGCCUUGCCUUGACCCAUUCUAUUACUGUAAGGCAGAAACUGAGUGUGGACCAGGGAGUGUUAAGGGGUAUUGAUUACUUAAACUUUCAAAGGACCAUUGACAAGAUCUUACACUGUAAACUUUCUUUUCAACAUUGAGAUGCCAUGAAAUUUAGGGCAUUGUUUGCUUAAGGACAGGAAAUGGGCAAAAUGUUUGGAGGAGAGUAAUUUGUGUAGCUCUCCGGUUUACAAACUUGAAUCACAUUCAAUAUUUGGUCUUCCCAAUAGCCUCUGAGGUAACCAGGGGAGGGAUUAUUAGUCCCAUUUUACAGAUGAGGAAACUGAGGCUCAAAGGUGACUAACUGCUCCAAGUCACAUCUCCUGAAGGUGGUGGAGCCUGAACUCAAAGCCCACUGGAUCUCAAGGCACCCAGUCCUGCACGAGUCUCAA